CAGACCUGAAACUUGGGUGUUUCUAACUCAGUGCGGUCCAAGUUGUUCGUGUCCAACAGGGUCACAGCCUUUCUGGGGUGACAUGAGAACAAACUGAGAACUGUGUGCUUGGAUACUCUGGUAGCUGGUAAAGACUCUGAAGUAUGCAAUAGGUUAAUAUUUUGUGUUACUAGUUCUAUGUAAGAAACAUUGUUUCAUGAAUUUUGGGUAAGUGCUGAAUAGGAAACUUGAAUUUCAGGUGUUCUUUUUAUUCCUUAGAUACCAGGAUCCAGCUGUGCCGUGACAGUUUGACAGUAUAACUGUUACAUUGUGUAGUACCAGAUUCCUAAAACGUCUCUUUAUGUUAAGCUAAAUUCUCUUAUUUUGGUAGUACAAUUAAUGUCCUUUCUGUUCAAACUUUGGUGUUGUAUAACUUUUUAUUUAGCUAGGAACAGUGAUCUCUUGUUGCAGUACUCAAUACUGGCAUGGAAAACUUGGCUUCUUGUUUUCUGGAUCUUUUGCUUCACUAUAUUUUAAAGAUCCUACAGGAAACUUUCUUUGAGUAAAAAUGACAGUGAAUGUAAUAGUCUUGUUGCAUAAGGCUCAGCUUUCCACCUCUCCUGGAGAUUCUUGCCUUUUUUCUCAUCUCGUGACGCCCUUUUUAGUGGAGGUCAGGGCUGUGUUAGAUUAACAUUGAUUUAAUGUACAUUUCCUAUAGGUGUAAAAUGAGUUUACUUUCAGAUUUUUUCUGGUUAGAGUGAAAGCAGUGUCUCUGUUUAUCUUAUCUCAAAAGUAAUCAAAUGUGAAACAAGAAUCACCUGAUGACAGCACAUGUCAAAGCGGGGAGGAGGUUGUAUCCUAGAACUGGUAUUAUUGGAGCAGCCGGUAUAACUGGAAAAACUAAACCCAUUUCUUCUGGGUGCAAGCCUUAUCUUGAAGAUCUUCAUGUAACUGGCUUAAAAAUGGUUCCACAAGAUGACAACACCAAAUCUAAGACUGUGGAAAUGGAGACUGUCUUCACUUUGACAUGAUGUGUGAAGCUUUUUAGUCAGCAUUUUUCUUUCUCUUUUACUGUUAUUGUGAAAGGUUACAAAUGGUGUGGGUUUUUAUCAUGAACCGAAUGAGCUCCCAGAGCAGUUCAUCCACUCAGCGUCGGCGACUGGCUCUGGGAAUCGUCAUCCUCCUCCUCGUUGAUGUGAUAUGGGUUGCCUCUUCAGAACUCACUUCUUAUGUUUUUACAAAGUACAACAAACCUUUUUUCAGUACGUUUGCAAAAACAUCCAUGUUUGUUCUAUACCUCUUGGGAUUUAUUGUUUGGAAACCAUGGAGGCAACAGUGUACUCGUGGGUUUCGUGGAAGGCAUGCAGCCUUUUUUGCAGAUGCUGAAGGGUAUUUUGCUGCUUGUACAACAGAUAACACUGUAAACAGUUCUCUGAGUGAACCUUUAUAUGUUCCUGUAAAGUUUCAUGACUUGCCAACUGAAAAAAAUGGCAGUAAUAAUAGUGAUGCAGAGAAAACUCCCAAAAAGCCUCGUGUAAGGUUCAGUAAUAUUAUGGAGAUCCGACAGCUCCCAUCGAGCCAUGCAUUGGAAGCCAAGUUGUCUCGCAUGUCAUAUCCAACAGUUAAGGAGCAGGAAUCAAUAUUAAAAACUGUAGGAAAACUCACUGCAACUCAAGUAGCAAAAAUUAGCUUUUUCUUUUGCUUUGUGUGGUUCUUGGCAAAUUUCUCUUACCAAGAAGCUCUGUCAGAUACCCAAGUUGCCAUAGUUAAUAUCUUGUCAUCAACCUCUGGGCUUUUUACAUUAAUCUUAGCUGCAGUCUUUCCCAGUAACAGUGGAGAUCGGUUUACCCUGUCCAAAUUAUUAGCUGUUAUUUUAAGCAUUGGUGGUGUGGUACUUGUUAACCUUUCUGGAUCUGAAAAAUCUGCUGGAAAAGAUACAAUAGGUUCCCUGUGGUCUCUUGUAGGAGCAAUGCUAUACGCUGUGUACAUAGUAAUGAUAAAAAGGAAAGUAGAUAGAGAAGAUAAACUUGACAUACCAAUGUUCUUUGGUUUUGUAGGGCUGUUCAAUCUGUUGCUGCUGUGGCCAGGGUUCUUCCUGCUUCACUAUACCGGGUUUGAAGCAUUUGAGUUUCCCAACAAACUGAUAUGGAUGUGCAUUGUCAUUAAUGGCCUUAUUGGAACAGUUCUGUCAGAGUUCCUCUGGCUGUGGGGAUGCUUUCUUACCUCAUCACUGAUCGGCACACUUGCUCUAAGCCUUACAAUACCUCUGUCCAUCAUAGCUGACAUGUGCAUGCAGAAGGUGCAGUUUUCCUGGUUAUUUUUUGCAGGGGCAGUACCUGUAUUUUUUUCUUUUUUCAUUGCAACUCUCUUAUGUCACUAUAACAACUGGGAUCCAGUGAUGGUGGGAAUCAGAAGAGUUUUUGCCUUUAUCUGUAGAAAACAUCGAAUUCAGAGAAUGCCAGAAGAAAGUGAGCAGUGUGAAAGCCUCAUUCCUAUGCAUAGUGUUUCACAAGAUGGAGAGAGUUGCUGUUCAUAGACAAAAGUUUAAAAAUGAUGCCCAGCGAGGAGACAAUCUUCUGGAAAAGUCCCUAAGGAGUCAUGUUUCAGUGCCUAUUCUGAAUUUGUAGUAAAAAUAAGAAGUUUCAGUUCUUUUGAAACUCUAAA